AUGGAUGAAAAAAUUGAUAUGAUGGACCGGAUAUCCGAUUUGCCUGAAUUGAUCUUGCAUCACAUCUUGUCCUUCCUACCCCGAAAAGAGGUGUCUAAGACUUGUCUCUUGUCCAAGGAAUGGAAUUGUGUAUGGGCUUCAUUUCCCAUUUUGGAUUUUGAUCGAGACGAAUUUGUCAAGCCAGAUAUGUGUUAUCCAUAUGGACAUAUAGACUUCAUGAAGAGUGUGCAUAAAUCUUUAAGAAGAUUUAUCGAGCGUGAUUUGCAGAUGCAGAAAUUUAAACUUCACACGACCCUUGUUAACUUCAGGUUGGCCGCAUUGGUGGAUAAAUGGAUAGAGUGGGCCUUUGAAUAUGAUUCCAAAGAGGCAAGUCUUCGAGUUCAAACUAAGUUAUGGCUUGAGCAAAUUUGUGUGAACGAAGAGAUUAUCCAAGAGAUCAUCAGAACUUGCCCUUUUAUCAGUGAUUUUGGAAUUGUGAGAUGUCAGGGAUUUAAAACUCUCGACAUCUCCAAGCUCUCUAAACUAAGUAGGGUUGAGGUGGCUUCUCUUGAGCAAGAAGUUGAGAGUAUCAAAGUUGAAGCUGCAAAUAUUCAACAUUUCAGAUUUAUUAAAUCACACCAACGUCUACUGGACAUCACUGCAUGUCAAAAUUUGAAAGAAUUAUACUAG